CUUCUUUCAAACAUAUAUCUGCCACUGCACUGUAACCGGUGGUUUUUUGUGUGUGUGUUUUAACUGUUGCAAAUAAGACCUGGCAUAUUUCCAGAAGGUGUGUCUGGGCAGUAAACUUAUAAGGUUCUAAAAUGUGCUAUUGUGGAGUAAUACCCUUCCGAAGGCGUGUAGGUGUGUCUCUGACUGUAUAAAUAGGCAAGAAGCGUCAGUACUUUGAAGGAGACGGGGAUCACCUUGAGUUUUACACUUGGACAAGCGGAAAAGGCAGCAGGAGGUUUCAAGAGAACAGCAAACCAUGAAGAUCAGACAUUUCGCUGUUCUGUGCGCCCUUAUUGUGUUCUCCCAGGUGCUACAAGCUGACUGUGAAAUACAGAAAGAGAGGAGAAGAGGGAGAACCAACAAUGGAAAAGGUGAGAGGCCACAGCCUGGCUCUGAUGACCAGAAUGGAAGAGGUCAGAAAACCCGAGGACAGAAGGGUUCACUUAAAGGCAAGUUCGUCACCAAAGAGAAGUCUGAGUGUACCUGGGCGCUGAAUGAAGCAGAGAUUGCUACCUUGAAAAUUGAUUGCAAAAGAUCAGAGAGCACCUUCUCCUGUGAAUUUUCAGGCAACCCUUCCAGCUGUCCCCAGUAUGCAGAAAACAAGAAGGUGUUCUGGAAGCAAAUUACUCGGUCUCUAAAGAGGCAGAAGAACAUCUGUGAAGACCCAAAGAGUAUCUUAAAAUCUAAAAUCUGUAGGAAAGGGCCAUCAACUGCUCACCUUAGAAUGGUGACGCCAACUAGUUCCAGAGAAGACAAGCCAGUUCACCAUGGACAGGAGACCGCUCUGGAACCUGGUACAUCUGGAACCCAGCCAGACGAAGCAUCCAGCAAUUGUGUUGAAGAUGUCGAUUAUAUUGAUCAGAAAAAGGUGGCUGAAGAACACUGCUCAGAGUUAUGGAGGUCUCUUUGCCUUUUCGUCAUUUCAAUGAUACAAGAUAAAAAGUGCAAAUAGGAAUACAACAAGGUUGGCAACACUCCUUGAGUUACUACAGGCGCACAUGUAAAUCACAUUGUAGAAGGACGAACCAUUCAGAAUAUAGCCCUCUAAUACAUUUGCCCAGGAACCAGUUUUCCUGGAGACACUCAAAGGUGAUUCCUUUUUCAUCUCCAAAAGGGGCUGCUGCCAAACUCCAUGGCC